UAUAGUCACCUUAAUUUUGUGGCAAUGUUUGAAGAAGCCGAAUUUAAUCAAGCAGUAGAAGAACUGAACUGUCCAAAACUAGAAAACUGGGAAUUUUUUGUUGAAACAUCUCCUGAAGGAGUUCAUUGUAAAAUAUAUCGACAGUAUGAUCAGGUAUGCUGAGACAAGUAUAUUAUUAUUCAAUUAGAGUUGACUAAUUAAAAGUAUUUCGGGAUGGACUGGCCCCAUCUUGUUUCACAGAUCCUGUUGGACUGGUCCCUCUAUAUACUGGGAAAUGUUCCUUAAUUAGGACUUUCAAUAUGUGCAAAAACUUUUACAAUUGCAGUGAACAACAUAAACUAAAUUUUAUUUUGUCAUGCCUCAUAUACAGGGUGUAUAAGAAAGGUAAUCCAACUUUUUAUGUUAAUUUUCUUUGUUAUGUUGGGUUACGUACUAUUGACUAAUAUAUAGAUAUCACUUGUCAGUACUGAAUAAAGAUAUUGAAUUGGAAUUGAAUCAGAAUUGUAUCAUUGCGUCAAAAAAUGACCAAAAUGGCAAAAUUAACACAUGUAAUAUUUAAAUUAGCCGGUCCAAGUGAAUACAAACGUAUUGUCUGAGACUGAGGCUUGAAAUUAUUCUCAUCUCGGAUUCCAAAAUUAAGCAUUUGAUAAAGCUACCCUAACGAGUGACGUAGCCGUAGGGGUGAUUCAACUCGUGAUUUGGAGGUUUUGCAGACGACUUGAAAUGCAGAAAUUUUUGCAGAUAGGAUCAUAGGCAACUUUCAUUUGGGCAAAUGUUCAAAAAGAGCGACAGAGACAGAGGUGGAAAAAUACGAUUUCGAUCGGAAAUUUUUCAAAUUGUAUCGUAUUUUGCUAUUUUGAAGCGAGAAAGGCAUCAUUUGACAUCACCUAACCGAGACCUGAUCUUUUUAUAUGGAAAAAGUAAUAUGGGUAAACUGAAGUGUAGACAGUUUAUGCACGAUUUCAUGCCAAAGGCUGCAAAGACGAAGUUUACUAGAUUUCCCUUUUUGAAGGCAAGGUGCCUCUAUGUUUUGACUUCACCAUCUGCAGAUAAUGGCUAUUCAUUGUCUAAAAUGUUUUGUGAUUUACUGGAACUUUUUCAGGCUUUUACUAUUUUAGAUAAAAGGGUUUAGAUUUUUACUAGAGUGAAAUUCUUUUGUUAUAUACAGUAUAUUUUUCACAAUAUUUUUUGUGCUAUGGCCUACGUCAUUUAACAAGUUUUUUUGAAAUAUACUUAUAUAGGCAUCUGGUCUAUAUUCUUAUAAGAUGUAUGGCACCUUAGAAUGUCUUCCUGAAGUAUGCUAUCAAGUUUAUAUAGAUUUAGAAUACAGAAAGAAGUGGGACGAUUAUGUGAAAGGUUUGCAUGCACCCACUUAACCCACAGGAGCCAGUUGUACGAAGGCCGGAUAGCAUAGCGCUAUCCACCAGAUAGUGCUAUCCACCAGAUAGUGCCGGAUUAUUCAAUCACAAUGCCCAAAAGGCUGCAGACGUGAACCCACUGUAUAUGAAUAUAAAAGUUCUUUAGUAUAUAAUUACUAAACUUUAAUAUUGGUUAUAUCAACAUGAGCUCCACCUUUGACACGUCCGAAUUUAUCAUUUUCAAGAUUUUCAAAAAAAAAGUUUAAAAAAGUUUUAAAAAAGAAAAUAAGAGUUUAAAAAGUUAGAUUAUAGGGUUAGGGGUUAGUGUUAGGGCUUAGCCUUAGAUGUCGCGAAUUUAUCAUCAUGAUAAAUUCAAAAUGUAUACCGCGAAUUUAUCAUAAUGAUAAAUUCGGACGUGUUUAAGAAUUUACUCAUAUAGUAAAUUCAAAGGUGCAUGGAGCUCAUGUUGGGUCAUAUACCAUUCAACGACAACGAUCAGUUAUAGAAAGUUUGAAAAAUCCGGCCUUCCUACAACCGGCCUCAUGCCGCGCAGUAGUGCAUGUAACCUAACUUUUUUGACCUCUUGUCAGUUGUCACCUGGGAAAAGCAAGUCAUGAAAAUUGCUCAGUUGUCUUUCAAUAUAAUUUACUUGCCAACAAUAUGGCUUGUGCUGACCCGGUGUAAUGAAUAGCUUACUUUAUAGCUUUACAUUCGAACUGGCAAUCUUCGAAAGACAUUUCCAAUCCUGCACCAGGGCGCUUAUAUAUAAGCACCCUGUCCUGCACAGUACUGCCCCGCGCGGUUUUAACUGUACAGCGCAAGUGUUACAUUACAAGCGCAAGUGUUCAUUUAUAAUAACAUUAAUUUUGUUAACAAAGUGUCGCCUAUAUGCACUAUUUUUUUACUUUAAUUUGUUAGAAUUAUACGAAUUUACUGAAGACGACAAUGGUUCUACGGUCAAAGGAAUAUACUGGAACGUUAAUUUCCCUUUUCCUCUCUCUAAUCGUGAUGUAUCCUCAAUUAUUUUGUACCGUUCGUUCUUUUAUCGUCUUCUAGGCCUAACAAAAAUAUAUCCUGUGGUUCCAGUUUCCCGACCGUCUUUUUUCUGCCGAUCUUACGGUGUUUUUGUUUGGGAGUGGUUGGUCUUGUUUACUAACCUCACUACCCUAUGUUUUUUCGUUGCUCGCUUUAAAAUAAAAGCCGAGACCAAAAAUUGUGUCCGUUGUCACAGUUGUUUUUUUGAGUGAAAUGCUCAUGUGUUACUGCAAUGUCAGCUGAUCACACUCAUGAUUAUUGACAUUGAUUGUGAACUGAAAAUGUUCUUACCUACCUAUAUGGCUAUACCCUGAUUUUUUUCUCUAAGUGUCUGCCUGCUGUUGGUAGUGAUUGCGCAGGAUCUUUUUGUUCGGGUCUAUGCUCUCUGGAGCGAAUCUUUCUAUAAAAAAUCAUACUUAUUUACGAAAAAUGAUCGAGGGAUUCAGGCCUGAAACGUCCUCACGCUUCACUUGUUUCUUAUCCACGAAUCGUUAUCGGGAUCCGGUUAAUUUGAAGACCUACGAUAUAGCACUAGUCACUGGACAGUGAUUUUCAGCCUUUGUAAAAAUGCCUCAAAUGCUGCGAAACUAUACGCCAUGGACCCGCAACAGAUAUAGAGAAAUUUCAUUUUUAAAUAUUUUUAUAAAAUUUCAUUUUUAAAUAUUUUAUAAAAUCUUUUAUGAUUUUACUAAACAACGCGGUAAAAUUUUAAAAAGCUUUAAAAUUUAAUAAAAAUCACAAUCCUUUGGAUAGCGCUAUAUAUAGCCUUCGUACAACCUCUGGUGUUUUAUUCCUUAACUAUUCAUCUGAUAUAGUAUACAUUUGUAAGAGAUUCCAGAAAACUAGAUGUAAAUGGGAUUCAGACGUAUGCCGUGCUUGGCAAAAGCCAUCCAUUUAGUUCCCGGAAGGAAAUCAGCGGAGUAGUGCGUGUCUCAGACUUCACUCAGAGUUUAGUUUUACAAGCUGAUGAGAAAAAUAAUACCAAAGGUAUGGAGCGCUAGACCUUUAUUUUCUGCCCAUUAUUAUAGUCGGACUCAGUCUACACACAGAUAAGAUUAAUGUGAACCUUAUUAUACAGUCGAAGCCCUAAAAACGGGCACCCCUUGGCUUUAUUAAGCGGACACAAACCUCUAAUCCCAAUGUUAAUUAAACAAUUAUUACUGACCCCUGUUAUUAAAAGCGGACACAAUUGUAUGGUCCCAAAGGGGUCCAUUUAAUAGGGAUUCAACUGUACAGUACUCGAGAAUAGAAUCCUAAUAUACGGAUUCAUAUGUAGUCAUACGCAGCUCAACUCGUCGGCAUGUAACUCAUGCAUGCUCAGCUCUCUCACCCUAACAUGCGUAUCUCAACCCAUGGAGUUAAUUCUGUUUGAGGUAUAACUCCUAUAGACCAGGGCACCUCUAUAUAGAUCCAUUUCAUGAUGACGUCAUAUAGGUUCAUCCUUUCUGAGUCCAAAAAGGAAAAAGAGGAAAUUGUGAGCAUGUUAAGAACGUUGUGAGCAUGUCAAAAUUUUUCAACUUAUUACUAUUGUAUGACGUCAUCAUGAAAGAGGUAACUCAUCGCGCCGGUGUGCUUCGCUUGGCUGCUCCUAAGCUAAGGCUGUUUUUAACGGGCUAGCUCAUAAUCCUUUGACCUGGUGUGCUCAAGUUGGCUCCAAGCUAGCCCGAUCUGCAGACGGUUUAUUUAGGUGUUCUGUGGCGGGCAGACCUCCUGCAACGCAGGCUAGCUCUUAAUCCAUCGUUUUUCGUUUAAAUUUAUUUCGAUUCUUUGCAAACAGUUAAAGUGAUGACGCGGAUUGCAUGUAAGGUUAGGGUGCGAUGUAGGUCUCUAACCAAAGCUGUAUAACUAACUAACCACUAAGGUUAGGCCAGCUUUGCUCUAGUUUAUAAAAAUCUUAACUUCAUAAUUUAACCUAUUCAGUGGUAAAUCACUAAAUCUCCUAUUUUUUGUUUAGCCUAUAUGUAUUAUUUUGAUAAUCCUGGUGGUAUGAUUCCAACGUGGUUAAUAAACUGGGCUGCCAAGGUAUGACACCAAGCUAGCUGAAUUAUUUCACAAGCCAUGUGCCCCAGGAGGGCUCAUCUCUGCUUCCUUGCUCUUCACCUGAUGGGAGAAUUACUUUAUCAAAGGGUUCAGCUUAAGACUAUAUAUAAUUGAAAACGUCAGUUAAAUAAGGAGCAGCGCAUGCAUGCGUGUACAGAAGGGGCAUAACUCUAUUUACGUGAGGUUUGGAAAUUUGUUUAAGGCAUAUUAAAAGACAAAUUAAAUCGUUGGAUGUUGGUUUAUUCUUGACUUAACUUUACUAAUAAUCUUCAAUGACACAUGUAUAUAUAGUAUCUCAGCUAGCUAAGAAUACUUUUCUUCACCAACCGACGAAGCCGAGCUUCCGCUCAAAUCGUUCAUGUAUUCUAAUUUUUUCAAAUAGUUCAGAGAUACACCUUAUAUACUUAUAAACUCGGUCCAGUUUACCUGUAAUACCAUUUACCAUGCAAGUAGAAACUGCAAGUCCUUUCAGGAUGCCGUGCACAUUAUACCGUGUCGUUGAAUCUCUCAAAAUGUUUUCAGUUCUGAUAAAAUCAAAUACAUGCAUGCUUGGCCUGCGUGCAUGCAGUCUCAUAACAUCCAUUAAACGAUCAUGCAUCGGUUGAUCGAUGUCAUGAGACUGCGUACAGGCUGAUACAUGCCAUGAUUUACCGUAAAUUAAUCGUUUAUUCGGUGUGGCAAUAAAAGAUCAUUUUAUUAAUUUAUUUUAAUCUUUGUAGACAGGUGUGCCAAAGUUUGCAGGAGAUAUGAGAAAAGCUUGUUUACGUUAUGAAGAUUUUCUGCAAAAGGGAAGAAAAUAAUGAUUUCCACCAACAGACACUCAGAUACAUCAACGGACAAUAACAGGUCCCGAUUAUCUUUAAUGUCCUUAAAAUCGAAACAUCUGAACAAUUAUAUUUAUAAAAUGCACAUCCAAACAACGGAAACUGAAAAUGAAUGCAAACUGUAAUGGACAUGCAAACAACGGAAACUGAAAAUGAAUGCAAACUGAAAAUGCCUCUGUACAUGCGUAAUGGCUGAUUUAUACUUACAUGCACGGAUUUCUUAUAUAUGAACUGUCUGUUAAGGCUGUCUGUUAUCAAGUUUCUGUGAUCACAGUAGGACUUUUGCAUAUACGUAAAUUCUACGAUUUGAAGGAUUUGUAAGAAAUGAUUGAGGGAACUGACUUGUCUUAGUGUUAAACAAUGAGUCAGUUCCCUCAAAAAUUUCUUACAAAUAUAUCCUUCUUUUACCCAUGCAAAAUUCCUACUGUGACCACAGAAACUAUAAGCAGCAAAUUACAAACCAGCUGUUGAGCGUGAAUAAAACCUUGAUAAAGAU